UCGGCUGAUAAGAAAAAGUAGGCGUUGUCAGUCUGGAGGGAGGAGUGGAGGGUUGGAGAAAAUUAAUGAAGAGCAACACAAACACAGAGAACAGGGCAGACCUCCCACUACAAAGAAUUCACUUCAUCAACCCGGUGGAACUCUACUACUUGCUUAGGACUUGUGAUUGCCAGUAAGAAAACCAUGAAGAGCGGUGGAUCCCCCCAACCUCCGGCCUAUGACAACCAGCAAGAGACCAGAGAUUUUAUGGUUCUCUCCCCCCAAACACAGUCCACGGUGGUGAAUAUCCAGCCAACUGAAGAGCCCCAAAGAGAUUACCUGGUGUGGUCCAUUUUCAAUCUUGUCCACUUCAAUUUCUGCUGCUUGGGAUUGCUCGCCCUUGUGUUCUCCGUCAAGUCACGGGAUCGCAAGCAGGUCCGAGACACGAAUGGGGCCAAGCAUUACGCCUCCACAUCCCGAUCUCUCAACAUCGCCACCACCGUCCUUAGCAUCCUCUGUUUCAUCAUCUUUUUCAUACUGUUUUUCACGGGAAUAUUUGCACACAGAAAUUAGGCGAUGGCAGAUGAGUUGCAACGGAGAAGAUGCUCGAUGAUCGGCACGGAAUUGGGUCUCAUUUUAAACUUCAUAUAAAUUUACUAUAAGCGCAUCGUGACCAGAGAUUCCUUUCACAUUAUUCACUGUCAUUCCUGGUCUUCUCGGGCAGCAGAUUCCCACCAUACUGAUUUCGUUUUAGUUCUGCUACGAGCACACAAUGUCCCGCUCACUUUACUAUUGUGUUGUUCCCUUAUAUGAGUAUUUUAUUGGCAGCUAUGUAAUUACAUUUAUACCCGUUGCCAGUGUCGGACUGGGAUAUCAGGGGCCCACCAGAAAACCUUAGACCUUCCAAAUUAUUAUUCCUCCUCUCAACCUCUCAACUAGUGAUGGGCGAAUUUGCGCCAUUUCGCUUUGCCGAAAAAUGAGCGAAUUUCGCUGGAAAUUCGCGAAAUGGUGAAAAAUUCGCUAAACGGCGCCGGCGUCUCGUUUUUGACGCCGGCGCCCGUUUUUUUACGCCGGUGUCCGUUUUUUCGGGAAAAUUUU